AUGAGCAAGUUUGGCGCCAUCGUCAUGGGCCCCGCGGGGGCAGGCAAGUCCACCUUUUGCGCCGCCCUCAUCACCCAUCUCCAGCUCAACCGCCGCUCCGCCUUCUACGUCAACCUCGACCCCGCGGCCGAGACUUUCGAGCAUACGCCCGACCUCGACAUCAAGGAGCUCAUCUCGCUCAAGGAUGCCAUGGAGGAAGUCGGCCUCGGCCCCAACGGCGGUCUAGUCUACUGCUUCGAGUUUCUCAUGGAGAAUCUGGACUGGCUCACCGAGGCGCUGGACAACCUGACGGAAGAGUAUCUCAUCAUCAUCGACAUGCCCGGCCAGAUUGAGCUCUACACGCACAUACCCAUCCUGCCGGCUCUAGUCAGGUACCUGUCGCAACCUGGGUCGCUGGACAUCCGCAUGGCCGCCGUGUACCUCGUCGAAUCCACCUUUGUCGUCGACCGGGCGAAAUUCUUUGCCGGAACUCUGAGCGCCAUGAGUGCCAUGCUGAUGCUCGAGGUCCCCCACAUCAACGUCCUCUCCAAAAUGGACCUCGUCAAGGACCAAGUCAAGAAGAAGGAUCUGAAGCGCUUCCUGACCCCCGACAUGGGCCUGCUGGACGACGACCCCGUGGGCCGCGCCGCCGAGGGCCCCGAAGGCGACGACAACGGCGUCGAACCGCGGCGCCCAGACGAGACUGAACAGAUCAUGAAGGGCGCCAGCUUCCGCCGCCUGAACCGUGCCGUGGCAGGCUUGAUAGAGAGCUUCAGCAUGAUCAACUACCUCAAGCUAGACGUGACAAACGAGGACAGCGUGGGUGCCAUUCUAAGCUACAUCGACGACUGUAUCCAGUUCCACGAGGCCCAGGACCCCCACGAACCCUACGACGAGGACGGAAUCCAAGACGCAGAGUGA